CGCCGCGCUGGGGGCGAAAGUUUGUGUUAGGAGGCCGCUGAUUGGCGGAGAGGCCGGAGUUGUGGAGCCAGUGCAAACACACAGGCACACUGACAUGUAUAGCCGGGGAGCGGAGAGGCUGCAGAACCCGGUGCGGGUACACGGCGGCUGCACAGAGACUGUGUGAACGCAAAGCCUUAAUUAGGAAUAUCUGUUGUAGCUGAUUGGGAACUUGGACCCUGGAGACUGUGGUGGAAUUUUCCCACACUGUUGCAAUGGAGUGUGAUUCUGGCCCAAGUAAAGACACUCAGACUGAGCUUGCUGAGAGAGUUGCUGCUAUAGACGUGGAUGAACAAGCUGAAGGGCAAAAUGUGCUGUUUUCUGAAGAUAUGAAUCGCUUGAGAAAUAACGGUAUGAGCUCUGAAACUAGUGAGGAUGUGUUUCUUUCUUCUCAAGAUCAGAGGGACUUAAGCUGUUUCCAAAGAGCCUCUUCUCGGCCUACACUUUCAAACAGAAAAUUUUCUCUCCAGGAAAGACCUACAGGUGGUUGCCUGCCCUCUCAGAACCAGGCCUAUGGUCCAUAUGCAACAGGUCCUGCAUCACACAUAUCACCACGAAUAGUUCGAAGGCCAACAAUCGAGUCGAACCGGGUCUCUAUCUCUGACUCUGAUGAUUGUGUACAGUUGAACCAGUACAAACUCCAAAGUGAAAUUGGUAAAGGCUCCUACGGUGUGGUGAAACUGGCUUACAAUCAAAGUGACGACAAAUAUUAUGCUAUGAAAGUACUUUCAAAAAAGAGGUUAUUGAAGCAAUAUGGUUUCCCACGUCGACCACCCCCCAGGGGAUCAAAAACUGCAUCUGGAGAUCAAGCAAAGCAAAUGGCUCCAUUGGACAGGGUUUAUCAAGAGAUAGCAAUUUUGAAAAAAUUAGACCAUAUUAAUAUUGUCAGAUUAGUUGAGGUGUUGGAUGACCCAGCCGAAGAUAAUCUUUACAUGGUAUUUGAUCUUCUGCGCAAAGGGCCAGUCAUGGAGGUGCCAUGUGACCAACCAUUUUCCGAAGAACAAGCUCGGAUUUACUUCAGGGACAUUGUGCUGGGAAUUGAAUACUUACAUUACCAGAAGAUUAUACACCGAGACAUAAAACCAUCAAAUUUACUUCUUGGAGAUGAUGGCCAUAUAAAAAUAGCUGACUUUGGAGUAAGCAAUCAGUUUGAAGGCAAUGAUGCUCUUCUUUCAAGUACUGCUGGAACUCCAGCCUUCAUGGCACCUGAAACUCUCACGGAUUCUGGCCAGGGGUUCAGUGGAAAGGCAUUAGAUAUCUGGGCAAUGGGAGUCACACUUUAUUGUUUUGUAUUUGGAAAGUGUCCUUUCAUGGAUGAAUACAUUUUGGUUCUACACAACAUGAUAAAACAUAAACCAGUGGAGUUCCCGGAGCAGCCAGUCAUUAGUGAUGUAAUGAAAGACUUGAUUGUGAGAAUGCUGGAUAAGAAGCCAGAAGAUAGGAUAACUGUUCCACAAAUAAAGGUUCAUCCUUGGGUAAAUAAAAAUGGGGAGGACCCACUGCCACUCGAGGAAGAGCAUUGUACAAUUGUGGAGGUCACUGAAGAGGAAGUUAAGAAUUCAAUCAAGCUUAUUCCGAGUUUGACAGCUGUGAUUCUAGUAAAAGCAAUGUUGCGAAAGCGCUCAUUUGGAAACCCAUUUGAAUGUGCCAGGAGAGAAGAAAGGUCCAUGUCUGCUCCAGGAAACCUUUUAAUGUGCCAGUUAAAAUCAUCUUUAAAAUUGAAUCCCUACUUAAGAAAGCAAGCAAGUGGAGAAGUGCUGAAAGACACAGAACUGCCAGACGUUGAGGAGGAUGAUGGAACGUCAUGAGAACUUGCAUGCCCAGAUGAACUUUGCCUGCUGCUAUAUCCCUGGCUUUUCUUUGUUGCACAAACUUUUACUCUCAUGACCAUCAUGAACCAAAACUUGUGGUUGAUCAACAACGCAAACAGCUUUUUGAAGAAAAUGUUUACAGUAUAUCUGAGGAAUGAGAUUAAUAAAUAGCGACUGUCUACUUUGUACUGUACCUGCGGCCUAUGCACCUUGGAGCAGGUUAUCAGCAUGCUAGAAAAUAGAGACAUCCUGAAGCAUGAUACAUUUUGUGCCUCCUGUCUCGGUAGCAUCAUUAAUACUCUAUGGGCUAAUAGUGUGUCCAAUGUAUGUGGGCAACAGGUACACUUUUUUGUGUUAAAUGUGUCUGUUUUGCAUGUAUGUGUCAAUGUAUGUGUACUGUAUAUAUACAGGAAAAACAAAGAACAAUGUGCCUCAUCUCCAUCUUUGCUUCUGCAGGAUGCAGUCAGUGUAGCUUGAAGAUUGCUUGACCUAUGAAUGUCUUUAUUUAUGAUUAUAAAACCAAAAGAUUUUUCUUUCCCUUUGUUUUAGCCACACUCCUUUUACAGUGUUGUAGUUCCAGAGUUCCUGGCUUCUCCACUGCUAUAGAAUGAUAUACAUAUUUUAUUAAUUUCAACAUAUAUAUAUGUAAAAAGUACUGUACAGGAACUAUUUUGGAAAACCAUGUUUGCUGCUGAGUGCAAUGAUUUUACUCUGUUGUAUUGGCUAGAAGGAACUUGCACAUUACCUGUCCCAGUGCAGGGAGAUAUGUUUUUGGUUGUUCUUUGUCAGAUUUAAUUGUAUAGAAAUGUUUACUUUUGCUACAAGAAGGGCUAUUUCUUCUUUGCACCUGCAGUACAUUCAUAACUCAUAACAUUUUGUAUGUUACACUGGUCAGCAAGUUAUGAUUCCCGUCAGGGACCUGCAAAGUUAUAGAGUGCAAAGCAUCAAAGCAGAUCUGGAAUCUCGAAAGUUUGGCGCCUGUUUGUAACAACUUAUUGUAUCUUGAAUACACUGCAGCUACCGAAUAGAGCAUGUGAUCAGGGCCAGCUCUGCCUCAGCCGCCUAGAGUGCCCUCUUGAUGUGGGGUGCUCUGCCUGCCGCAAGAAUACAGUUAUACAGUAUGCCAUCCCAGUAGUAAGAUGGGGCGUGGGCCAAUGGGUGGAGUCAAGGGGUGGCAAAAUAAGCUUUUGCCGAGGGUGGCAAAAAUCCUUACACCAGCCCUGAAUGUGAUAGAUAUGUUGGUACUUUAUACAUAAAAAAUAAAACUGUCUAGUCUAAUGCAGUGCUAAUAAUUACUAAUGGACGAGCUAAAAAACAAUAGCAAUCCAAAAUGUUCUGUAACUUAAAUGUUCUCCCGUAGGUGGACCCAUAUUUCCAAGGUGAGUUCACCUUUUUAUAAUUUACACAUACAUUUCACUUACAGUAUAUCUUUGUUAUUUAUAAAGAAAUGAUGAGGAACUGUUAAUGUUUUAAUAUUUUCAUAUUUGAACUAUUGUCAUAUUUUAGUUUUUUUUUCUGAAAAUUGGGGAUAUUAUUCUGGAACGACAAUACAGUUUGAAGCUAGUAUAAAGAAAGCCAGGCUAUUUCCUGGCUACAGACCCUGCAAAUGGUUUAGUUGAUUUAUAUAUUAUGCAAACUGAACAUUAUAAUAGAAAUUGGUGCUUUAUAUGGAUCUUAAUAAAAUUAUUCUAACAUGUUUCAAGACAACUGUAUUAUACUUUUUUGAACACAUGGCAACUAGAAAUUCAUUGUGUACAUACAGGAUGUUAUUAAAGCAGAUCUCCAGGCUACCCCUUUAUAAGACAUGUUUGUUUUGCAUAAUGAUUCUUUUAGUUGUGCCCACCUCGUACCCUACACAGGCACCAAAUGGGAUAAUUAUUGUGUUGGCAGAGCCCAACAAACAAUCAUUGAAUCAUUGAAUCAUUCAUGCGUCCUAUGCUCCCAUUAUUUGUUGUCCACAUAUCCCCUAUUACAGGAGAUGUACAGCUGAAGAAGAAGAAUUUUUAACCUGCCAACAAAAAAAAGACGUCUGCCCAAAAACGAACAUUUGGUCGUUCAUUGAAUGAUUGCUAGUCCUUUUUCACAGGGCCACUGUUUGUCCAAUAAAUAUCCUGUCUAAUAGGGUCCCUUAUUGCUUGAUAUUAAGGCUGUAUUGACAUGUUGCAGUCAGGGUCGGUUUUAGGCUUAGCGUGGCCCUGGGCAAAAUUAAAAGUGGGGCCACAAAAGGCAUAAUAGUGCACUAACCAGAGUUGCACAUUUUUGGUCACUUCAAAUAACAUAAAAAAUAUCUAAAAAGCAAUUGAAAAGUCCCAUGAAAACAAAAAUGGUACCGAUAAAAACUAAAAAAAUAACAGCACAAUAAAUGACCCUCAUACAUCCCCAUAUACAGAAAAAUAAGAGUUAUAGGGAUCAGAAUAGUACAAUUUUAAGCAUACUCAUUUUUGUACAAAAACAAAAGUAGUAAAAAAAUAUAUAUAUAAACUGGGUAUUGUAACUGUAUGGACCUACAAAAUAGAGAUAAUGUGUAGUCUUUACCAAAAGGUGCACUGCGUAGAAACAGAUUCCCCCAACUUUUACAAAAUGGCGUAAUAUUGAGGUUCUGAACCAGUGCGUGGUAUGACACAGCAUGUCUGCUACAAUCACCACUACAAGCAGCCACUGCUCUUUGGGGCAGAGGGAACCACCACCAUCGCGUCUGAUCCGAAGGUGGUGAGGGUAGUGUGAUGGAGUUCCAUUUGCCCCAGUCAAAUUUGUGUCCACUCCUCCCCUCAGGUCUCCAGACAUUUCCUAACCGGCUCUUCAAUAUACAUUUCUUGCCUCCACCUCCCUGCUCUGUAUUACUGGCUACUGUGUGUGCUGAUGCGGCCUCUGAUCCUCCCACCUGCCUGACUUCCAUCAUCCUGCCAGUUUUCUCACUCCCAUCAUCCUCACACUAAGGCCCCUUACACACUGCCAUUGCUACCCAUUGAGAACGGCCAUUAACACCUCUUCUUGUGACUAGGAGCAAUGGGCAACAACGGGUCCCGGCAGCUCCCAUUUACUAUUAUGGGGGCCGCAGGGCACCGUUAUUUUUAGAUGGGAUUAAGGAGAAAGACGGAACAAGCAGUAAUUUUUAUCCCGCUAUUUCACCGGGCUCCCCCGGUGGCCGUCACAGUGUGAAAGAAGCCUAACCACACUCCCAUCAUCCUCCCACUGUCCCCAAAAACAUAGAGACAUGUACGUAUUUAUAUCCAAGAGUAAACCUUUAUGGCAAUUGCAUACUAAUACACACACACAGAUCUUUAUUUAUUUGGAGAAACAUGAGUAUAAUUGUGUUGAUGUAAUAAUAAUUUAAUAAAUAUUUAUACAUCACUAUAUGCAUUUAUAUAUGCACACACACAUAUUUACCAGUGUUUUCCAAACAUUGUAUUGAAAGCAUUUGCUGUCCGGCUAUGCUGGGAGUUGUAGUUUUGCAACAACUAGAGACACUCUCUAAAACACUUGUAUGUAAACACUAAUGUACGUAUCUCUCUCUCUCUAUGUAUAUAUAUAUUUUUUAUUUAUAAUUAUCUAUCAGUGUUUUCAAAACUGUGUCACGCCAGCUGCUGCUAAACUGUGAGGGCAUGCUGGGAGCUGUAGUUUUACAAAAAGCUUGCAGAACAUUGUUUGAUGAACACUGAGACACAUAUCAGUGCAAAAUUACAACUCC